AUGGCAACUGCGACGACAGCAGUGAAGGCAGGUGCAAGAACUGGAUUUCUUGCCAGUACGAGGAAGCACUUGUUCGGUUAUGGAAAACGUCGUAUAUCUACUUCUUCCAGUUCUGGGCCUACUGAAUUGAAGAAAAGGCGAAAGAAAUUCCGCAGUUUUUUCACUCUUACUACGAUUGCCGUCAUCUUCUUUGGUGUUGUGAGUAGAUACGAAUAUGUUGACUAUGACGACUUGGAAGAGGUCGAUGAUGAAACUGCCAAUGAGUAUAGGAAGAAGAAGCAGCCUAUUAGACCGUCAAAUAUCUUGCUCUAUAUCUACUCUAGACUCCCAUUCAAUGCGAUUUCCCGACUGUGGGGUCGGUUUAAUCGUCUUAACCUGCCUGAAUGGCUUAGAGAACCUGGAUUCAGCUUUUACGCUAAACUCUUCGGUGUUAACAUGGACGAGAUGGCAGAUCCCGAUUUACGGCAUUAUCAUAACUUGUCCGAGUUUUUUUAUAGAAGUAUCCGUCCAGAAACGAGACCUAUAGAUCCGGAUGCUCAGCUUACUUCUCCUUGUGAUGGUCGUAUCAUAAAAUUGGGACUUGUUGAAAACGGUGAAAUUGAGCAGGUUAAGGGGAUGACCUAUAAAGUAGAAGCACUUUUAGGAACCACAGAUUCCAAGAAACUCGCCGGUCCAAUUAAGGCUAUCGAGUAUCCUAUUCAAACUUCCAAGAAUGACGAGAUAUUUUCUAAAUUUCUCAAAGAUUACGAGCAGCAUGAUCAUACUGCUCACGUUAACCAGUUGGUGAAAUAUAAAGAGGAAGGUGAUAAGGCAUUAUAUCGUUCUUCUAUCUCUCAGAUCAUUAAGAUUUCAAGUAAGAUUUAUCAACCUCAUCCUGAUGAAUCUCAUAGAUUAUACUAUGCUGUCAUCUAUCUAGAUCCUGGUGAUUAUCAUCACUUUCAUUCCCCUGCUAAUUGGGUUGCCACCACGCGCCGCCACUUUGCUGGUGAACUAUACUCCGUGGCUCCAUAUUUCCAACGUUCUUUGAACAACUUGUUUGUCUUGAAUGAAAGAGUUUCCCUAUUGGGGUAUUGGAGGCAUGGGUUUUUCAGUCUGACUCCUGUGGGUGCAACCAAUGUUGGCUCUAUAAAGGUGAAUUUCGAUAAGGAUCUUAGUACUAAUAUGUCGUAUAUCAAUACUGAUUAUCCAGAGGGAGAGAAUAAGAGUUUUCAACGUCGUCUUAAUCGAAAAAAGGUGAAAAAGAAUACUUGUUACGAGGCCACCUAUAGAAAGGCAUCCAAAAUUUUAGAAGGCCAACCUCUCUUUAAGGGUGAUGAAAUGGGAGGGUUCAUGCUGGGAUCCACAGUGGUUCUUUGCUUUGAGGCACCUGCCAGCUUUCAGUUCAAAAUGAAAGAGGGUGAGCAAGUUCUAGUUGGCCAAAGGUUUGGUUGCUUCCCCAAGUCAAACGAUGACGCCGCUACCGUUGAAGACUAG